AUGACAUUGGAACAGGAGAAGAUCUCUUUAAAUUCGAAAACAGAACAUUUGCAAUCAAAUAUGGAGUCCCUGAACAUUGAAAAGGAGAAGAUUGAGGAGCAGUUGCACAGUAUUCUCCGAGAACGAGAGCAAUUUAUGCUGGAGAACCAGAAUCUCUCGACAACCACUUGUCAGUUGAAGAAUCGGCUGACAGAAAUUGAAACGAAAACGAAUUGUAUCAUGGUAGAGAAGGAGAAGAUUGAAACACUCCUUCGAAUGAACGAAAACAAAACCCACGAUCUCGAGAAAGAACGGCAGUAUUACACUACUCAAACUAAAGAGCUUUUAAUGAAUUUGAAGGAAGUAAGCGAGCAAAAAGAACUCACUGAAUCCGAACUACGUGAACAGGUGAUGGCGAGGAUUGGAGCGGAAAAGCAAUUGCAAGCUGCCGAAAAAGCCUUAGAACACCUGGAAAUGGCUCUUAAAAUGACAGGUGCACAGAUGACAGAACUACAAGAGCAUAUCAUGCCCGAUGUACAUAAGCUGAGAGGUUGA